UUUCAGAUUAAAAAUGAAGAAUGAUGAUUGUGUAAGAUUAGUAGAUAGACAGAAGGAGAAUAGAAGAUAUGAUUCUCAAUUUCAUUUCCUUAAUGAUAACCAACUACAGUACAGGUCUGGAUUAAAAACUGGAUGCUGUACACUUGGUGACAAUGCCGCACUCCGUUGUAUAAUUAUCUGGAUGUGUACUGUUGCUGUUGUCGUCUUCAUAGCACUAGUUGUGAAGAUUAUCAGCCAAGAACAUCAGGUUCAGAUCGGAGACAUAGUUACGGGACACAAGAACUGUUCAGAUAUAGGAGCCUGGGUCCUGUCCCAAGGUGGGAAUGCAGUUGAUGCGGCUGUAGCUGCUGGAUUCUGUAUUGCUGUUGCACUCCCACAUCUAGCUAGUCUAGGGGGAGGAGGAGUUCUUCUCCUACACCAAACUAGAGAAAACAAAACUACGGUUGUGGAUUUCAGAGAACUGUCGCCAACCAAACUUCAAGUUCAAAGGUAUAUAGAUAACCCUGAUAUUGGAAGGAUAGGGCGGGCCUCCAUAGCCACGCCUGGAUUUGUUGCAGGGCUGAAAUAUGCCAGGGAUAAAUAUGGAUCUCAUGAGGUUCGUAGUGAAUGCUGCAGCUGGUUUGAUCUUCUAUCCCAGACUGUUAAACUACUAGAUAAAGGUAUACCAUUGCCACCCAAUUGGAAUAAUCUGACAGCUGACGGCAAAACAAAAUCUGAUCAACUGGCGGAUUUUAUCAGCUCUGGAGGAUAUUCAAGGUUUAAGAGUCCGUAUAGAGAUAUGAUGAGAACCACACUGGAGGAGAUCAUUAGCGAUCCAACUAGUAUAUAUCAGGGAACUCUUAGUCAUAGGAUACCUCAUGAUCUUAAGGAUCAAGUGCGUCAGGAAGAUCUAAGUAUGUACAGUGUAAAGGAAAGAACUCCGUUAAGCUCCUGGUUUUCUGAUUACCAGGUCUUUACUCCUCCUCCUCCUUUCUCAGGUGCUGCUGUUCUUGGGAUACUUAAUGGUUUAGAACUUAUCGAGAAGUCAUCAGUUCAUUCUUUAUCUAAACAUCCAGGGGAUUCAAAUUCAAAAUCGGAAUAUUCUUCAAAACUGUACAAUAUUAUUGAAAGAGUUCUUGAUGAACAGGAGAAGUUAGGAGAUUGGGAUGGGGAACUUGAUGAAGUAGUAGAGGAGAAGGGUGGAGAUGAACCUGCUCUACCAGAUGAGGAACCUCAACAAGGUGGCGAUGAAAAAAAAAUAUCUCUAAGAGACAGAACCAAACAUUUAAUCAAUAUUAAAAACGCCGAGAGGUAA